AUGUCAAAAGGAAAGGUCUUACUCGUACUCUACAAGGGCGGUGAACACGCCAAGCAAGAAUCCAAAUUAUUAGGUUCCUUGGAAAAUGAAUUGGGAAUCCGUAAGUUCGUUGAAGAUAACGGUUACGAAUUAGUCUCUACUGACGAUAAGGACCCAGAAGGUUCGUCCCAGGUUGACAAAGAAUUGGCUGAUGCAGAAAUUAUUAUCACCACUCCAUUCUUCCCUGCCUACAUAACUAGAGAAAGAAUUGCCAAGGCACCAAAAUUGAAGAUGUGUAUCACCGCUGGGGUUGGUUCAGAUCACAUCGACUUGAAUGCUGCAAACGAAAGAAAAAUUUCGGUUAUUGAAGUAACUGGCUCUAACGUUCAGUCGGUUGCUGAGCAUGUCAUAAUGACCAUGCUUGUUCUUGUUCGUAACUUCACUGCGGCUCAUCAACAGGCAAUUGAUGGUAGCUGGGAUAUUGCAGGUAUUGCAAAGGACUCUUACGAUAUGGAAGGUAAAGUUUUUUCAACCAUUGGAGCUGGUAGAAUUGGAUACAGAGUUUUGGAAAGGUUAAUUGCCUUCAAUCCAAAGAAAUUAUUGUACUACGACUACCAGGAAUUGCCAAAAGAUGCUGUGGAUCGUUUGAAGCAAGUUUCGAAAAUUUUCAACGAUAAUGAUUUGGAAAUUGAGAGAGUUGUGAGCUUAGAAGAAAUGGUUGCAGCAAGUGAUGUUGUUACUGUUAACUGUCCACUUCAUGAAAAAUCCAAGGGAUUGGUGAACAAGCAGCUUCUUUCUCAUUUCAAAGAUGGUGCUUGGUUAGUUAACACUGCCAGAGGUGCUAUCUGUGUUGCAGAGGACGUAGCAGAGGCUGUAGAAAAUGGAAAGCUUAGAGGUUAUGGUGGUGAUGUUUGGUAUCCACAACCUGCUCCUAAGGAUCACCCAUGGAGAUCAUUUAGAAAUAAGUAUGGAGCUGGAAAUGCCAUGACCCCUCAUGUUUCAGGUACUUCUUUAGAUGCCCAAGCAAGGUAUGCAGCUGGUGUUAAAAACAUUUUGGAAAGCUAUUAUACUGGUAAACACGAUUACAGGCCACAGGACGUAAUUGUUAUCAAUGGUGACUAUGCUACAAAGGCAUACGGUGAAAGAAAGAAGUAA